AUGGUUCAGUACUAUCAAUAUGGCUCGAUCGACCCAAGUCGCUCGAGAUAUUCGACCUGUCAGCAUGUCCAAACGGGCAACGAGCCGACUGUCUACACAUAUGUGCCUCCGCAGCUUCAGCAAACCAUCCAAGUUAGCACAGGCAAUGUAUCCGGGCCUCCUCCUCCUCCACCACCACCUCCUCCUCCAGUUCCUGUUUUGCCUAAUGGCUGCCCGAAUGGAGGACCUCCAGGGACGGCACAGCCUCUUUCUCAGACCAUCCAGCUUGGAGUGACCCAGCAAGUCAUUUCAAAUGGCCAUAUUCAAGCGGGUCAAGCUAUUCAGGUUCCAUAUACCUCUCCAACGCCCCUUCGCGCCACCUACCAGGUCCCAGCAGGUACAGUUCCUUGGGUUGGUCCAACUCGUGCCGAAGUUGACGCACAGAACUUCGCUGUCGCGAGAGCCACUGGUGCAAUGAGGCCUCAGAGUAUGGUGCCUUACCGCCCAGCUGAAGGCCAGCAGUGGUGGUGCCGCGAACUUGACGGCUCCUACACUCUUAGAACGACGAAUGACAUCAUGGAGAACUUGCAGCCCGGAUACUGGGCAUACUCAUCGUCGGGGUAUCCUUAUUUCAUUCGUCAGGCCGCCUAA